AUGUUAGAUUCUUGUGGUAACACCAAAGAAAUACUCUGUCUAGUCAAGGGUCAUAUUCAACAACUCCGUACCACGUUUCACCGAGCUAGUCUUGGUGAAACUGAAAAGAAACUCUCGGAAUAUUGUUUCCAAAGAAAAGAGUUGAGGAAACAAAUGUUAAAGAGGCUAAAGUCACUAAAACAAGCGAAAAAUACGAGCGCCGGUGGUGAAGUUCAAGAUAUCCCGGUAGAUGAUAACCUAAUUGUUGUGGCUAAUGUGUUGAAAGAAGUUAGAGAAACCCUUGUUAUAUUGUUGGAGUCAAUUAUGUUGCUUAUGUCUAUGCCUAACCCUAACCCUAAAACAGAAAAAAAGAUGAUGAUCAAAUGCAAUGGGAUUUUCACGGUGAAGGCGAAGUUUACGAGGCUGAAUAGCUUGAGUCCAUGGGAGGAUUGUGAUACUCAAGCGCUUCAAAGUGCUACAGAGAGACUGGAGGCUGUUGAAAGUGCCAUGGAAGAUCUUGAGGUUGAAUUAGGGUGUAUUUUUAAGAGGUUGAUGAGAACCAGGGUUUUGUUGCUCAAUAUUCUCACAAAUUAG